GGAAAGAUUUCCUGGCUGCCUGUUUGUAUCCCUGAGUCACCACAGACCCCCGCCCUCCAACGUGGGAUGUUAACCUUGGAGCAAUAUGGAGAUUAGCCGCAGAGCUGAAGCAGAGUCCCAAAGGAGCUUCAGUUCUGCAGAAUCUACACAGCCUACUUUACCAUACAUUGGCCAGAUGCUAGCGCUUGGGACGUCCGAGCUGACAACUGGAAUCCCUCAAGGAGUCACUCAGGAGCAAGCUGUGACCAGUCGGAGGGAGUGACACAUCUGCGCUCAGUUCCUCCUCACCAUCCUCACCUCCUUCUCACGUGCUUGCGGGCUGUUCGGCAGAAGUGAGCCCCGUGGCUCUGCCAAAGACAAGCCUGUUGCGUUUACAGAAGGGGAAAAAAAAAAAAACCAACAAAACCAAAAACCCAAACAAACCUCGGGCAAAGUCACGGCAUUGAAAUCGUUAUCCUGAAGAAACUGCGCGGAGAAGUGUGCAAAGAUGAAUGGCCCGGUGGAUGGCUUGUGUGACCAUUCUCUAAGUGAAGAAGGAGCGUUCAUGUUCACAUCAGAGUCGGUCGGAGAGGGACACCCAGACAAGAUCUGUGACCAGAUCAGUGAUGCCGUGCUGGAUGCCCAUCUGAAGCAGGACCCCAAUGCCAAGGUGGCCUGUGAGACGGUGUGUAAGACGGGCAUGGUGCUGCUCUGCGGCGAGAUCACCUCCACGGCCACGGUGGACUACCAGCGGGUGGUGAGAAGCGCCAUCAGGCACAUUGGCUAUGACGACUCUGCCAAGGGCUUUGACUUCAAGACCUGCAACGUGCUGGUGGCUCUGGAGCAGCAGUCCCCGGAUAUCGCCCAGGGCGUACAUCUGGACAGGAGUGAGGAGGACGUCGGGGCCGGAGACCAGGGUUUGAUGUUCGGCUAUGCCACCGAUGAGACGGAAGAGUGCAUGCCCCUCACUGUUAUCCUGGCUCACAAACUCAACGCCCGGAUGGCAGACCUCAGACGCUCCGGGGUCCUCCCCUGGCUGCGGCCUGACUCCAAGACUCAGGUGACAGUUGAGUACACCCAGGACAAUGGCGCGGUCAUCCCCGUGCGCAUCCACACCAUCGUCAUCUCCGUACAGCACAACGAGGACAUAACCCUGGAGGACAUGCGCAAGGCCCUAAAGGAGCAGGUGAUCAAGGCCGUGGUGCCCGCCAAGUACCUGGACGAAGAUACCAUUUACCACCUGCAGCCCAGCGGGCGGUUUGUCAUUGGCGGUCCCCAGGGGGACGCGGGCGUCACUGGCCGUAAGAUUAUCGUGGACACCUAUGGCGGCUGGGGGGCGCACGGUGGCGGGGCCUUCUCUGGGAAGGACUACACCAAGGUGGACCGCUCGGCGGCAUACGCGGCCCGCUGGGUGGCCAAGUCCCUGGUGAAAGCGGGGCUCUGCCGGAGAGUGCUCGUGCAGGUUUCCUAUGCCAUUGGUGUGGCUAAGCCACUGUCCAUUUCCAUCUUCACCUACGGAAGCUCUCAGAAGACAGAGAGAGAGCUGCUAGAUGUGGUCAGUAAGAACUUUGACCUUCGGCCUGGUGUCAUCGUCAGGGAUUUGGAUUUGAAGAAGCCCAUCUACCAGAAGACGGCGUGCUAUGGCCAUUUCGGAAGAAGCGAGUUCCCGUGGGAAAUUCCCAAGAAGCUUGUGUUUUAGAGCUGGUGGGAGUGGGGCCGGGCCUGGCUCUGAAGGCAUCUGGGUGGCCUGCUUCCUCUUCUUCAGCAUCCCAGCUCUCACAUGU